GAGCAUAUCUCGAAACUGUCAGUUACGAGUCAUAAUUCUCCCUCUUUUAGCUUCGAUAUAGUCCAACAAUGAGCGCCGAAGAACAGAAGGUCACCAAGAACCCCAUGCGCAACCUCAAGAUUGAGAAGUUGGUUCUCAACAUUUGUGUCGGUGAAUCUGGUGAUAGACUUACCCGUGCCGCCAAGGUUCUUGAACAAUUGACCGGUCAAACUCCUGUCUACUCCAAGGCCCGUUACACUGUUCGUACUUUCUCCAUUCGUCGUAACGAAAAGAUCGCCGUUCACGUCACCGUUCGUGGCCCCAAGGCCGAAGAAAUCCUCGAACGUGGUUUGAAGGUCAAGGAAUACGAACUCAAGGCUCGUAACUUCUCUGAAACCGGUAACUUUGGUUUCGGUAUUGACGAACACAUCGAUUUGGGUAUCAAGUACGAUCCCUCUAUCGGUAUUUAUGGUAUGGAUUACUAUGUUGUCAUGGGUCGCCCUGGUUAUCGUGUCUCCCGUAGAAAGCACUGUAAGGCCAAGGUUGGUACUAACCACCGUAUCACCAAGGUAAUGUUGAAUUUAUUCUUGCGUUAUGACGUUACAUAAAGUAGUGUACUAACGCUCUAUAUCCACUCGACAUUCAUACGUAUAUAGGAAGAAGCUCAAGAAUGGUUC